UUGUCCUAUUCACUUACUUCUCUCGUGGCCCACGCGCACAGACCGCUCUGUCUGCCGUACUGACGCGCCCAGUCACACCGGCUUGACGCCAUCUCCUUCUCUUCAAUGUCUACCGACGAUCGCCAAUGCCGGAUAUGUCUUGCAGGAGCUGAGGAAGAGACAACGAUGGGCCGUAUGAUCCAUCCUUGCCUCUGCAGCGGCUCCAUGAAGUACAUCCACGUCAAAUGUCUCCAUAGGUGGCGAACGACCUCGGCCUCCCAGAGCGCGUUCUUCACCUGCCCACAAUGCAAGUACAACUACAGGUUUUCCCGAACGCGUAUCAUGGGCAUCGCUACCAACCCAGGCGCGUCGAUGUUCAUCGUCGGCUCCAUCUCUGCUCUCUUCUUCACGGUCGUGGUCAUCCUCUCGUCCUUCAUCACCACCUUCUUUAUGUCCUGGUUCGAGCAGCCCUCGGCCUACUCCGGGACCGGAAUCUUCUUCGGCUCCUACUGGUACUACUCGCCAAUCGACAUCCUCCGGGAAAUAAUCGGAGCAGCCCUGCGGAUUCUGCAAGAUGAGAGCGGCAUCGGCUAUGACCUGUUCGAGAGCAGAACAAGCUACACUGCUCCGGAGGCUGGCGAGCCUUCGGGUCCACCAGGAUUAUUCAGGUCUCUUGUUCGGAGAUUUCUUCUCGGUCUCCCGAUCGUCGGCGGUGGCUCACUCGUGCACCUACUACUUUCGAUGCAUCUGCUCAGUCCUCUCCAUAUGCUGGCGCGCUGGCGCUCCAGUCGUAGGAGACGCGAGUCGUCGCGAGACGUUGUUAGUCUCGUCAUCAUCGGCUUGAUCCUGCUGGGUGCUGCAAGGGCACUGAUGCAAGUCUAUCGCUGGACUGAGGCCCUGACAAAAAGACUCCUCUACCGCUUGGAGGAUUCCAUCUUGGAGGUGUAAUUUUGCACACGGGGCGCUAUUUAUCAUGUACAUGUAAUACUCAUAAGCUACAGAAAAAUGCGAGUCUCA